AUGGUUCCCGCAAGCCCAGGCUGGGUGGCGUUCGAUUUCGGCGAGUACCAGCCGCCCCAACAGUGGUGCCGCCCCGCCAUGCGGCGGAGCAUGCAGUCCAGCAGGCACGAGGCCUUCGCCCUGCACGGCAGCAGCGUGUCUGACAGCAGCCGCCCGACAACCGGGGCGCAGCAGACUAACACCCCCAGCAGCUGCCCCCCAAGCACCAGCGGGUCGCGCAUGCCCCACAGGGCCUCCUUUGGAAGCAAGAGUCAGUCUCGCUGCGGCGCCUGGAUGGCCGCCCAGCCUGUGUGGUCCACGGCGCCCUGCCAGGAGGAGAUUGCGGUGGAGGCGCCCCUGGGCCGCGGCGGCUACGGCGCCGUGUACCGCGGCUACUGGCGCCACAAGACCCCGGCCGCCAUCAAGGUCAUGCACACCCACAACAACGAGCAGGAGGCCGUCGCCCACGCUUUUGAGAUGGCGGUGCUGUCCAGCGUGCAGCACCCCAACAUCGUCCAGGCCUACAGCUGCCUCACAGACAUGAUCGACGUCGACGCACUGGACGACGCGUCCGAGGCCGUUGACGGCUCCUCGGCCUGCGGCGCAGAGAGCGACGACGACGCCAGCAGCGUCGCCAGCAUCUGGUCGACCACCCGCGCCGCCGCCCCCGCGCCCGCCGCCGGCCGCUUCCGGCGGCUGGCCCCCGGCGAGCGCGUCCCGGCGUCGUGCCUGGUGAACAUCCUGGUGAUGGAGCUGUGUGACAGGGGCAGCCUGAGGGACGCGCUGGACCGCGGCGCGCUGCGCUGCGGGGGGCCCGCGGCGCCGGUGGACCCCGCGGCCGCGGGGCAGGUGCUGCUGGACGUGGCGUCGGCCCUCAAGUACCUCCACUGCAUGCGCCUCGUGCACGGCGACAUCAGGGUGCGGCGCGCAGGGGCGCGCGU